CAUUGAAUCCCGAGAGCCCGGCAUCUCUCACGAUGCGCGCCCCGCGUCUACCGACGCCAUCGUCGGCGGCCGCGAGCCCUUUGACAAAAUCGCCGCACGCAAUUUGCUUCACACGUCCGGAAUGUCGAUGACAUACGCGUUUCAUCCAUGCGCAGCGUCAUUCACCGAGGCGAGACACGCCCGCCCACAGCGUCCGUGGACGUUCUCGUCGCCUUCCGGGUGCCUCGUCCUGGUCGAUCCUCACGGAUCCUCCGAUCGCGCUGGCUCCGAGCGAUCGUCUCCCGCCCCAGUGGCAUUUCUACGAGUUGAAAAAAGAAAUGUACCCUCUGGUAGUAAAUUUAGCCAAACAUACGCGGAAA